AUGUUCCAAAAGCUUCCAAAAAGUCAGAGACUAUUUUACUUGCUUGCUAACAGACCUAAAGACAUAUUGGGAUCUCCUGGUAUUCCUGGAGUACGUGGUCUUCGUGGCGUAAAGGGUGACCAGGGAGCCCAAGGACAGCGCGGUGACCAAGGUGACCAGGGAGAACCUGGCGUUAGUGGACCAACAGGUGAACCAGGAAGGGAUGGUAUUGAUGGUAUUAAGGGAGACCAAGGACCGCGUGGACGACAAGGAAAUCCUGGUGAUUUUGGCCAAGUUGGAAAUCCUGGCCCUGCAGGAUCACCUGGACCAGAGGGACCAGCGGGUCUUCCUGGACUAAAGGGUGCUGAAGGUGCUGCUGGAGCUAUCGGACCAAAAGGGAACAAUGGCUUUCAAGGUGAACCAGGCCCUCGUGGAUCCAGGGGCGAGCCAGGACCCGAUGGUGUACGCGGCCAACGUGGUGAACCAGGCAAUCCUGGCCUUAAUGGUGCCACUGGCCCUCCUGGCCUCAAAGGAGAACAGGGUUCAACUGGUGCUAUGGGGGAAGCUGGCCGGAUAGGAAAUCCUGGAAUAGAUGGUCGUCCUGGUAUUCCUGGUGCUCCUGGUCGCCGUGGCGAACAGGGAGCUCCCGGAAAACCUGGCAGAAGAGGUCUGGAGGGAGCCAAAGGAUCUGGGGGCACGCGUGGAAGCCCGGGUGGACCUGGAAAGCCUGGGCCUGGUGGAAAACGGGCAACCUUUGAGCUGUUUGAGAUUCAGCCCCAUAAUUUCUGUCCUGACGAAGAAGCUGCAGCCAAGCAGAUUCCCAUGGGAAAUUGUUUCCGGUGUUAUGUCAGCUUCAGAAAAUGUAAGAAGGACUGUGAAAUGCCAAAAAUUAUACUGGUACAAGGUUUUUGUCCACUAAAAGCUGAAGUUGCAGGAUUUCCUAUCGGAUUUGGUCUUAAGGGACCAUCCGGUAGAACUGGAAGUCCUGGUGGACUAGGUCCCCCUGGUCCAAGGCUAUGUGGUUUUUGUUUCCAGGGUCAAGAUGGACCACGUGGUUCCCCCGGUAUUGAAGGAGCCACCGGUGUGGUCGGACCCACCGGACCAUCUGGCGACAAAGGCGCUACGGGCCCAGGAGGAGCUAGGGGUGAUCCAGGCCGCAAUGGUAAUUACGGAAGUCAAGGAAAGCAAGGAGUUGACGGUCCAGCUGGUUUCCAGGGAGAGGUAGGAGAGGGCGGAGACGUUGGACCAAAGGGUGACUUUGGAUAUACUGGAGAACCAGGAAAGCCGGGUGAGCCAGGAAUUGAGGGUGAAUUGGGUGAUCUCGGAAGAAAUGGAACAGAAGGCCCACAAGGACCAAAGGGUGGCACGGGAUCUCCUGGCUCUCCAGGUGAACAGGGAGGGCCUGGACCAGAGGGACGAACUGGCCCUGCAGGUCAACCUGGACUUCAGGGUGAACGUGGACGACCGGGUAACGAUGGAGAUGCGGGAGAUCCGGGUCCCCCCGGUAUGCCAGGACCUCAGGGACCACCAGGACAGAAUCUCCAACAAGCGCUCUCCGAACUCGGCUCUGGCGACAAAGGACCUGUGCAAGAACGAUACCGAUUGUACUCUAGCAAGCGAUCCUCAAGCAAAGUACAGGAGUCGGAGAAUAAUGCAAAAUCCCAGCUAUUUAUGAGGGACGAUAUCGAUUUCACGUUGAAACUGGUGGACAGGAAAAUAAGCAACUUCAGAGCUCAGAAUGGCACCAAAGAACACCCUGCUAGAUCGUGUAGGGAAAUUAAGCUGGAUCAUCCCAAUUUCGAAAGCGGUAAAUACACAAUCGAUCCAAAUGAGGGAUGCAUUAGUGAUGCUGUCGAAGUCUACUGUGAUUUUGAGAAGCAAGCCACCUGCGUCAACCCAAAAAAGAGCAAGACUGUUAUCGCCGCCAACGAAACCGGACCUGGACAAUGGACAAACGAGGACGAACCGAUUGAAUACAAGCUGAACUCGGUGCAGAUGAAAUUCCUUCGUCUUCUUAGUAAGAGCGCCUUCCAAGAGAUGACCUACAGCUGCACCGACCUCAACAAAGGUUGCAUGGUGGACCUCAAAGGAGAAAAUGAAAUGGUCGUCAACAACUCAGACAAGAUCAGCCUUGAUGUUACUGAGACAACACAAGAUGGAAAUAAAAAAUUAAAGAUUGAAGUCUCAACCGCACAACAGAACAACUUGCCCAUAGUUGACUGGGCACCACAAAGUCGCGUCGACUCACAGCUCACAUUUGAAUUAGGACCAGUUUGUUUUGUGUAUUAGUCGUGAGCCAAGCGAGAGAGCGAAGAACUGCAGCCGUUAUUUGUACAUUGACUAUUUUCCUGCUUAAUAUAUUAGCUUAGACACGAAAGAAUACCAUCUUUGAGCAUGUAGAAGUUUCUUAAUAAAGCGGUUCUCGGGAUGAUA